CGCUGGCCUGGCCACAGCCUUCUCCAGGGGAACAGGAGCAGGCAGCUGGGGUCGGCGCUGACGCUUGCCAGUUCCAGCCAUGGCGGGAGCCGAAUGGGAGUCGCUGGAUGAGUGCUUAAAGAAGUACUUGCCACUCGCAGACUUGAAAGAAGUGAAGCGCAUUCUUUAUGGCAAGGAGACCAGGACGCUCGAUCUGCCCAGGAGAGCGCUGGAAGCUGCCUGCCAAGGCGACUUUGAACUGCAGGGAUAUGCCUUUGAGGCAGCGGAGGAGCAGAGGAGAUGCCCCCAGCUCGUGCGAGUGGGGCUGGUGCAGAACAAAACCCCGCUCUCCACGAACGCGCCCGUGGCAGAACAGGUCUCUACCGUCCACAGACGCAUAGAGGCCAUUGUCGAGGUGGCUGCCAUGUGCGGAGUCAAUAUCAUUUGUUUCCAGGAAGCGUGGAAUAUGCCAUUUGCUUUCUGUACAAGAGAGAAGCUUCCUUGGACAGAAUUUGCCGAGUCAGCAGAGGACGGUCUCACCACCAGGUUCUGUCAGAAGCUGGCAAAGAAGCAUGGCAUGGUGGUGAUAUCCCCCAUCCUGGAACGAGACCAUGACCAUGGGGAUGUUCUUUGGAAUACAGCUGUGGUGAUCUCCAAUUCUGGAGCAGUCCUGGGCAAGACUAGGAAAAACCACAUCCCACGAGUGGGUGACUUCAAUGAGUCAACUUACUACAUGGAGGGAAACCUGGGCCACCCCGUGUUCCAGACACAGUUUGGGAGGAUUGCAGUGAACAUCUGUUAUGGGCGGCACCACCCCCUCAACUGGCUUAUGUACAGCAUCAACGGGGCAGAGAUCAUCUUCAACCCCUCGGCCACCAUCGGCGCACUCAGUGAGUCCUUCUGGCCAAUUGAGGCCAGAAACGCAGCAAUUGCCAAUCACUGCUUCACUUGUGCCAUUAACCGUGUGGGCCAGGAACAUUUCCCCAACGAGUUUACCUCGGGAGACGGAAAGAAAGCUCAUCAGGACUUUGGCUACUUUUAUGGCUCCAGCUAUGUGACAGCCCCCGACGGCAGCCGGACUCCUGGGCUCUCCCGUAACCGGGACGGGCUGCUGGUCACUGAACUCGACCUCAACCUCUGUCGCCAGAUGAGUGAUCUCUGGACCUUCAAGAUGACCGGGAGAUAUGAGAUGUAUGCCCGGGAGCUUGCUGAAGCUGUCAAACCCGACUACAACCCCCACAUUGUGAAAGAGUAGCUGGCUGCACCCCUUCCUGCCCUGGCUGUCGGGGAGGGUGCCUCUUCCCCCUGUAGAGGCGCACACGGGGCAAGCUUCGUGUAUUCAAGAUCUGCCUGAUCAGGAUGUGGCCCAGAUGGGUUUUUCAGUGCUCAGGCAAGGGGAACUGGGAUGGGGAAUGACUGCUAGAUGGGUAUAAGGUUUCUUCUUGGAGCAGUGGUAAUGCUUUGGGGUUAGAUAGAGGUGAUAGGGUUGCACAGCAUUGCAGAUGUAUAAAGUACCACUGGAUCAUA